AUGGCUGAAUCACGAGAUGACUACCGUGAGAAAAGACGGCGCCGGUCGGCGUCUGAAUCCUCCCUUUCAACCAGAGACAACGAUAGACGACGGCACACCCGAGAACGACACCGCGAUGAUGAUCGAAGUUCUCGAAGAGAUAGCUCCCGAAGACGGUCCUCGCGCAGCCCGACGGGGAGAGAUGCACGCCAGCUAGAUAGCCGUGAUCGACGAGACCGCAGGGAAAGACGAGAAGGUUCGGAUGAUCAUCGCAGAAGACGAAGGCAUCCAUCUGAAGAACGUGGUCACCGCCGUCACCGCGACCGAGACUCGUACGACGAUCGAGGGAGACCUUCUCGAAAAUAUCGAAGUCGAUCCCGUUCUCGCUCGCCGGCUGGACGCACACGAAGCCCAGAGUCACGGGCCCUUCCCCGAUCCAAGGCUCCCUUACCUUCUCAGAACGACGCAUAUACAUCAUCGGAGGUUGCGCGGAGAGGGGAAUCAUCGGCAUCGCCGCCAGAAAAGGAGAAACCGAAUUUUGGAAACACCGGUCGCUUAGCUGCUGAAACCAAUACUGUCAACGUCAGUGGAGGUACGGUCGUCCUCAAGUACCAUGAGCCGCCGGAAGCGCGGAAGCCUCCUGCGAAGGAACCUUGGCGACUCUACGUGUUUAAAGGGGAAGAUUUACUUGAGGUAGUUGAGCUGGCUGAGCGCAGCUGUUGGUUGAUCGGAAGGGAGCGCCUUGUGGCAGAUUUUCCGCUGGAUCACCCUAGCUGCUCCAAGCAGCACGCGGCCAUUCAAUUCCGAUACGUCGAGAAGAGGAACGAAUUCGGAGAUCGAAUUGGAAAGGUCAAACCCUACAUAAUUGACCUCGAAAGCGCCAAUGGCUCCCAUGUGAAUGGAGAUACGAUUCCAGCCGGACGCUACGUUGAGUUGCGGGACAAGGACGUUCUCAAGUUUGGCCUGAGCUCGAGAGAAUAUGUUCUCAUGCUACCUCAGCCAGAUUGA